AUGCCUGUUCGCUUCUGCACCUUAUUCGUUUCGCUCGAACGGCAGUGCUCAUUGCCUCUACACUCGCGAAACUUUUCAACCCUGUCAGUACCGGCAAUGACGACUGCUUCGACCUCAACCAACGACCACGCCGCGACGGCCCCGCAAUUGCCCCCGAUGCAACUCUCCGGCGCCCUAGACACGACGGCGUGUACCACUUACGAUGGCGCUUUGUUCCGAUGUCGUGUCUGUCACGACACCAACAAGUCAAGAUGAGUCUGAACUAUGGUGUGGGUCUCAACGCGCGGUAGGAGGCGGGUCUGGUCUUCGACGGUUGCCUGCCGCGCAUGCAUAUUGGCAGGACGCGCGCUGUUCCUAUGUGCUCCUUAUCAAUGGUCGCCUCGAUGACGGCCUCGACCAUCGUCCGAGGCGCACAGUUGCCUUCGGAGAUGUUUGACCGCCACUCGGAGUCCGUUGCAAUGCGGACCUGUGACUCGAACUGGUACAUCAUGCGGAAAUACGACUUGAUGGUUCGUUCUUUGUGGUGGUCGGGAUUCAAGGUCUCGAAGAUAAAGGUUUUCGGACCCUUCGACCAUCAUCGUGGGCCCGGGCGAUGGAGCGCCCGGUGGACGAUCUCAUCCAGGCGCGUGGCCGCAUUCAAGCCAUGGAGGCCGCAACGCUGGGGGACGAGGAUUGGAAGCCGAUUCUUCCUCUCCUCAAACCUGUAGUGGUGCGCCUGCAGCGGUAG